ACAUCAAACUCCAUCCUCCAUAUUUGAGUCUGGGGUCUGCCUUCUCUCCACUCAAUUAAUUCCCUCAUUUUAUUUUAUUUUUGAUAAAAAUUUACAAAAGUACAUGUCUUGAUCACAACUAAAUAGAGUAGUAUUUAUUUGUGCACAACCCACAUGGAGUUAAAUUGAAACUCUCAAAAAAAAGGUGCACAACCCAUUAUUCUUGUACAUUUUUAUAUUAGCUCAUGCCUAGGAGUUGCUGUUAGUCAGACAAAAUUUAGAAGAAAGAAGAAGAGAAUUAUAAUAUGUAGUUUUGAGAAUUUCUUGGUAUUAGUGAAAAAUAGUCAUGAACAUGACCUUUUGAGAUUUUCUUGAAUUGUAGUUCAAUUGUGUGUGUGGUGGUGGUAAUUAUGGAUGAUUUGUGUUUUGUACAUCAUUACACAACAAUACAAUGCCAAUGUUAUUCUACUACUACAACAACACCAGAAGAAGAAACAAGAAGAAGUUACAAUUCCUCAAAAAUUCAUGUUAUGGCUUCCAAGAAUAUUUCACCAAUCAUUUACAUUUUUGUUGUUUUCUUCCUCUUCUCUGUUUGUCCUGUUUUGUCCUCAUCACUUGAACAAUUCAACCAAACCUUUGACAUUAAAUCACAUCUCAUGAAAAUCAAUAAACCUUCAAUCAAGACAAUUAAGAGUCCUGAUGGAGAUCUUAUAGAUUGUGUAUUAUCACAUCAACAACCUGCUUUCGAUCAUCCUCAAUUAAAAGGCCAAAAACCAUUGGAGCCAGCUGAGAGGCCAAGAUCAUCAGGAAAUUCAAUGGAAUUUGAAAAUUUCCAACUUUGGAGCAUGUCUGGUGAAACAUGUCCAGAAGGAACAAUUCCAGUUAGAAGAACAAAAGAACAAGACAUACUAAGAGCUAGUUCUAUUCGAAGAUUUGGUAGAAAAAUUAAAAGACCAGUUCGUAGAGACACUACUAGCAAUGGCCAUGAGCAUGCAGUAGGAUAUGUAACUGGAGAUCAAUAUUAUGGUGCAAAAGCAAGUAUAAAUGUGUGGGCACCUAAAGUUACCAAUCAAUAUGAGUUUAGUUUAUCACAAAUGUGGGUUAUUUCUGGUUCAUUUGGUGAUGAUCUUAAUACUAUUGAAGCUGGUUGGCAGGUAAGUCCAGAGUUAUAUGGUGACAAUUAUCCAAGGUUCUUCACCUACUGGACUAGUGAUGCAUACCAAGCCACAGGAUGCUACAAUUUAUUGUGUUCAGGAUUUGUUCAGACAAAUAAUAGAAUAGCAAUUGGGGCAGCAAUUUCUCCAACAUCCUCUUAUAAUGGUGGUCAAUAUGAUAUUAGCAUCAUGAUUUGGAAGGAUCCAAAACAUGGACAUUGGUGGUUAGAAUUUGGAUCAGGAGUAUUAGUAGGAUAUUGGCCAUCAUUUUUGUUCACACAUCUUAGAGGUUCAGCAAGUAUGAUACAAUUUGGAGGUGAAAUAGUGAAUAGUAGAGGAAAUGGAGGAUUUCAUACAUCAACACAAAUGGGAAGUGGACAUUUUGCUGCUCAAGGUUUUGGAAAAGCAUCUUAUUUUAGAAAUUUACAAGUUGUUGAUUGGGAUAAUAGUUUAAUACCAUUAUCUAAUCUCAAAGUAUUAGCUGAUCAUCCUAAUUGUUAUGAUAUUCAAGGUGGCAUUAAUCCUGUUUGGGGUAAUUAUUUUUAUUAUGGUGGACCUGGUAGAAAUCAACGUUGCUCUUAAAAUUACUCAUAUUUCGAUUCUUCAUUCAAAAUUUCUGUAAAUUGCCAAAAGGAAAUAGUGAAUAUCUUAUGUAAAAAAAUUACUUUUUUUUUUGUUAUGUUCUAUUUA